AUGUGUUGCGCCGCCAAACUCGCGGGGGUCGGGAAGGGGCCCCGAGAAUUGCAGUUGGCCCAUCCCCCGGAUCCCCCUGACUCGACUUGGUCUUCGGGAAGACCGAGAGUGAGGAGUGACUACUCCAGGAUCGCAACCCACGAAGCCCAAGUCAACGAACCAAGCAGGGAAACGCAAAGCGAACUUAAGGAUUACCAAGGACGACGUGCUCUGAUGACUUCUGGCGCCACCCAAGUCAAAAAGUCAAAAUGGGACGAUAUGGAUGAUGACUCGACGCCGACCCACCAGAAAACAGCCGCCUCUUCCAGACCUUCUAAACGGUCGCGCAAGGCAGCUCUAUCGGGUGUCAACGUCUCCAGAUCCGCAUCACCGUACAAAAACACCCCAUCAAAACAUCAAUCAACAACCACCAACACCACCACACCCUCGGAAAAUCCACCACCCAUUCAGUCUACAAGCUCCGAUGCUUCACAUCUAAAUCCUUCGUAUCUAAAUGGUGGACAACAGCCCAAGAAAACCGGCAUCUCAAUCCUCGGUCGCGCCUCACUUUCAAAGAAAAGCGUGCCACCCAAUCGGUCUAAGCAGAUUCGUGAACUUCACCCUCCAAUUCAAGGAUGUCGUUCCGUUUAUUGUUAUGAGAGACUCAAUCACAUUGAGGAAGGUUCCUAUGGCGUCGUCUUCAGGGCACGUGAUAAGGAAACCGGCGAGAUCGUCGCCCUCAAGAAGAUCAAGAUGGAUCAGGAAAAAAACGGAUUCCCGAUCACCAGUCUUCGCGAAAUUCAUACCUUGAUGAUGGCUCGACACGAAAAUAUUGUCCACGUUCGAGAGAUCGUCGUUGGAGAUACUUUGACACAAAUUUUUAUCGUUAUGGACUUCAUUGAACACGAUCUCAAGACUCUUCUCAGCACGAUGCGGACCCCUUUCCUAGCCUCUGAAGUGAAGACGAUCUUGAUGCAGUUAUUGUCUGCCACCGCAUUAUGUCAUAACAACUGGAUCAUCCAUCGAGACUUGAAGACCUCGAAUCUUCUCAUGAACAAUCGUGGACAAAUCAAGGUGGCUGACUUUGGACUUGCCCGGACAUAUGGGGAUCCGCCAACGGGAGACAUGACUCAACUAGUGGUCACCUUAUGGUAUCGAGCACCUGAGUUAUUACUUGGGGCCGAAUCAUACACGACUGCCAUCGAUUUGUGGAGCAUCGGAUGCAUCUUUGCCGAGCUGAUCCUUCGCGAGCCACUCUUUCCCGGAGCAGGAGAGAUCGAUCAGAUCGGAAAGAUCUUCAAGACCUUAGGCCGUCCGACGGAAGAAAUCUGGCCAGGACUCAAACUGUUGCCGAAUGCGUCAAAGUUCGACUUGAAUGCGAUCCAACCCUAUUCGACCCUCAGACAAAAGUUCCGAUAUGUCACCGAAGCAGGAAUCGAUCUGAUGAACAAACUACUAGCCUAUGACCCACUCCAACGGAUCUCGGCUGAUGAGGCCCUCAAACAUCCAUACUUUAACGAGACUCCACUCCCUAAACAUCCCGAUGCUUUCCAGUCCUUUCCCUCAGUUGCUGCGGGCGAAAAGGCCAAAUUUGAUUCUCCCUCAGCUCCCCAUCGCGAUGAAGACCAAGCGCAAAACAAUCGAUAUGACCUCAUCUUGUGAUCCAUCGAGGAUGCUCCACGGGGCCCCAACAUAUUUGUUACAUAGGAUCCUAAAAAACUUCCCACCCCUGUUUCCCAUUCUUGCUUCGUCGAAUUGUUCACCCCUCCCCACAAGUAAUACCACCGUUAUUUUUCUCAAACAGGA